GCCUGUCGCACCCGGGCCGCCCGGCAUGUGUGGCCGCAGGCGCCCGACGCCGCCGCUGUCCCCCGGCUGAGCCGCGCCCGGGACCGUGCGUGCGCCAGUGUGCGCGCGAGUGUGUGUGUGUCCGCGCGGGUGAGCGCAGCGCCGGCCCAGAGCCUCUCUUGCUCGCUUCUCCGGGCCGCGGUGCAUGUUCGCCUCCUGUCACUGUGUGCCGAGAGGCAGGAGGACCAUGAAAAUGAUCCACUUUCGGAGCUCCAGCAUCAAAUCACUCAGCCAGGAGAUGAAAUGCACCAUACGGCUGCUGGACGACUCGGAGAUCUCCUGCCACAUCCAGAGGGAAACCAAAGGGCAGUUUCUCAUUGACCACAUCUGCAACUACUAUAGCUUGCUGGAGAAGGACUACUUUGGCAUUCGCUACGUGGACCCAGAGAAGCAGCGGCACUGGCUUGAACCUAACAAGGCCAUCUCCAAGCAAAUGAAAUCUCAUCCACCAUACACCAUGUGCUUUAGAGUGAAAUUCUACCCACAUGAACCCUUGAAGAUUAAAGAAGAGCUCACAAGGUAUCUUUUGUAUCUGCAAAUUAAACGAGAUAUUUUCCAUGGUCGACUGCUGUGCUCCUUUUCAGAUGCUGCCUACCUGGGUGCUUGCAUCGUUCAAGCUGAGCUCGGUGAUUACGAUCCUGAUGAACAUCCUGAGAAUUAUAUCAGCGAGUUUGAGAUUUUCCCCAAGCAGUCACAGAAACUGGAGAGAAAAAUAAUGGAAAUUCAUAAAAAUGAACUCAGAGGCCAGAGCCCACCGGUUGCUGAAUUUAAUUUACUCCUGAAAGCUCACGUGUUGGAAACGUAUGGGGUGGAUCCCCACCCAUGUAAGGAUUCAACAGGUACAACAACAUUUUUAGGAUUCACCGCUGCAGGCUUUGUGGUAUUCCAGGGAAAUAAGAGAAUCCAUUUGAUAAAAUGGCCGGAUGUCUGCAAAUUGAAGUUUGAAGGGAAGACAUUUUAUGUGAUUGGCACCCAGAAGGAGAAAAAAGCCAUGUUGGCAUUUCAUACUUCAACACCAGCUGCCUGCAAACAUCUUUGGAAGUGUGGGGUGGAGAACCAGGCCUUUUAUAAGUAUGCAAAAUCCAGUCAAAUCAAGACCAUGUCAAGCAGCAAGAUAUUUUUUAAAGGAAGUAGAUUUCGAUAUAGUGGUAAAGUUGCCAAAGAGGUGGUGGAGGCAAGCUCCAAAAUCCAGAGGGAGCCCCCUGAGGUGCACAGAACCAACAUUACUCAGAGCCGCAGUUCCCACUCCUUGAACAAACAGCUCAUCAUUAACAUGGAGCCCCUGCAGCCCCUGCUGCCUUCCCCCUGUGAGCAGGAAGAGGAGCUUCCUCUGGAUGAGGGUGUCCCAUUGCCUAAAGAGGAUGACAUUUCUGCCCCCUUGAUCUCCAGCUCACCAGUGAAGGAAGCCCAGGAGUUCGAAGAUCCCCCAAGUGAAGAGGAAGAUAAAAUAAAAGAAGAGCCCUUAACCAUCUCUGAACUGGCGUACAACCCAAGCGCCAGCCUGCUUCCCACCCCGGUUGACGACGAUGAGAUCGACAUGCUCUUUGACUGUCCAUCUAGGCUUGAGUUAGACAGAGGAGAAAUGGAUUCGUUUGAGGAUCUGGAAGCAGAUGAGAACGCCUUUUUGAUCGCAGAGGAAGAGGAGCUGAAGGAGGCUCGCCGAGCUUUGUCGUGGAGCUAUGACAUGCUGACUGGCCAUUUCCGGGUGAACCCACUGGUCAAGAGUUUCUCCAGGCUCCUUGUGGUGGGCCUGGGACUGCUGCUCUUUGUUUUCCCCCUGCUCCUCCUCCUUCUGGAGUCAGGUAUCGAUCUCUCCUUCUUAUGCGAAAUUCGCCAGACACCAGAGUUUGAGCAGUUUCACUAUGAAUAUUACUGUCCUCUCAAGGAGUGGGUAGCCGGGAAAGUAAACCUCAUUCUCUACAUGCUGGGCUGCUCGUAAUGUCAGUAUCUCCUGCGACUAAGGGCUAUAUUCAAUACUAGUGAUUUUUUUUUUCCAGUAAAUGCCUGGUUCUCAAAAUGGUCAUGGGCCAUGGACAGGUAUUCCUUAUUCAUAACUGAUUAUUCCAACCCUUAGGUUAGCUUUCCAUAAUUCACUGCACUUAAAUAAGUUUAAAUCAAAUACAAUUAUUUUAGUUAUGGGUCAGGAAGAUGGCCUUUAAAUAACCAAAAAUACAUUUAUUUUUUAUUAUAGUGUAGACCAAUGGUUUAUCUGUUAUAUCAUAACAUAUAACAUACUGGGCUGGAUUGGAUUUUCCUUCCUUUUAAUAGUUGGAACCAUCACAAGCUAUGAGGUCCAGAUUUGGAAUUUUGGUAAAAACCCAAGGGAGAGUUUUUGAAUAUAAUCCUUAGUGGAAACAAUGUCCUCUAACCAAUGCCUAUACAACUAAAUUUACGCUGGGUUUUUGUUUUUGUUUUUUUUAAAAAUAUUUUUAUGUGUUCAAAAUAUUUUGGUAAAUUUUUAACAAAAAAGAAGCCUCCUGGAGUUAUUUAAGUGUAAAGAUUGUAAGACUAAUGCAAAAAUGGCAUGUUGGGAAUUUUUUACUGUUUUGGCACUGUUUGUUUUAAAAAAAUGUUUUCAGCAGAACAACCCCAUAGUUUGUUAUACCUGCAAAUGAGAUAGAAAACAGAUAAAAAGACACUGCAGUAAGUAAGCUCCUAAAACAUGACGGAAAUGGAGGAUGUAGAAACUGAGAGUGUCCAGUGGAUACAGGUGGUUCAUUUUGUAAAGUAUUUGGGCAGGAUGACUUGUCGCUUUAAUUUGCAUUCCGUCCAUAUAUUUUGGCUGAGGAAGCAGAAAGCUUUUAAAGGAAAGUGAAACUUAAAAGGAAAAUGGUAAAAUAUGUGCCAGUUGAUUGCAUAUUAUUGUACAUUAAUCCAAGAGUGGAAGCAAAUUGGAAUUGAACAAAUGGAAAGUAGCAAAAAAAUUUUCUAGUAAGGAUAGUAGGGAAAUGAAGAGACAGAGAGAGACAGAAUGGCUUUUUUGGUAAAAGUUGAUAAUCUUCCUAUGUUGUGGUCUUUUACCAGUUUUUUUAAGAUCUUGACUCAUUCCUAAUUGGUAUUUCCAUUGAAAAGGUGGAGAGGAAUCAUCGAAUGAUAGACCAUUUCAGUUUGGGUGAAAGAGUGAAAGACUCCCUAACCACAGUGGAGAGGACAAAUGCUCUGGUACCUUCUUUCAUGCCAUUAAAUCUGUGGAAGAAGGGUGUGAUACUGUCCCAUGCACAGUUCUUACCAGCGAGAAAGAAAAGAGUAUGUAGCUUAGGGAAUGGAGCACAGGGAUUUUCCCAAAAUUUGAAAAUGUUCUAUUGCCUUUCUUUACAGAGAGGUUGGGUUACCUGUAAUCUCUCCCUCACUCUAAUGACACUCCAAUCUAUCAUCAGUAUUAUUUCCAAAUGGGGCAUUCCAAUCCUACUUGUCCAGUGGAGUGCUGAAUGCUUUAUUAGAGAUUUAAUUUUGAAAAUAAGCUUUGAACGUCAGCCCAUGAAGCCUUCAGUUGAGCAAACUAAUACAAAUUUGCUGUUAAGUUUGCAGAGUGUUAUUUCUCAUAUACUUUCAGUGAUUUAUUUUGCACUAUUGAAUAAAGAAUGUCUAAGACCUGACAUUUGAUACCAAUAUAAAAAUACAUUUUCUGUGGUUGGAACCUGCAACAAUUUGUUUAUUUUUGAAAGUUUGCAAAUGGCCAGCUUUGAAACUGAAGGUUCUAUUUUUCCCUUCUUUUAAAAUAAGGCUUCUAAGUCAUACUUUCUUACAUAAGGGUACUUCAGCAUAGUCUACACAACAGUAGCCCCGUUUAAUAUACUUUGUAUUAUUUUCUUUGACGUUCUAACCAUGACAAAUCAUCUAGCCUUCACACUUUAAAAAUGAUAUUAAGUAAUGUUUUAUUAAUUUUGGAAGUAAUAUAUUGCCUAUUGUAAAAUUUUUGGAAAAUAUCAACAGGAUAAAUAUCACAUGUAAUUCAACCAUGCAGAUUUAUAUUAAGGCAUAAUAAAUAUAUUAUUUUAACAUUUCCAGUGAACAUCUCUUUUCUCAUAGGCAGAAACUUCAUAGUUGAAUAGAAAUGUUUUGAAAUGAAGGAGUCGAACAGAGUAGGGUCUACUGAAUUUAAGCCACCUAAAGUGAAAGUAGGAUUCUGAAAUGACGUUUGGUCAGAAUAGAGUCAGAGCCUUUUAGAAACAUGCAUUUAAAUUUCCUUAGAAGAAGUCACCAGUUGCCUGAAUCAAAUGAAGAAAAGACUGUUUCCAAAGAUGGACAGUAUAUAAUACAGUGAGACUGAGAGAUCAAAGCAAGUGUGUGAGUGUAUGUAUAUUCCCUACUAUUGCUAUAUGUGUGUUUAUAUAUGAAUCUAUGUAUAUGUGUGCAUUUGUGUGCACAUAACUGAUACGUCUUUCACAAACAUAGUGCUGUUUAUUUUGUCCUAAUAGAGGAAUUUGUGACAUGCUAUUUCUCCUUUUUCUCUCUCAGUUAUCCUGGUGUGUGAAACCUGCAGCCUCAAAGGUUUAAAUUUUCCAUGAAAACCACUGUAUGUACAUUUGUGGUUAUAUAUACACACAUAUAUGGCAAAUACAUAUGCACACACAGUCUUGUCUUUAGUGCUAAUGCAAAUUGGAUCAUGAAAAAAAGUAGGUAAAGUAUCGUGUGUUUCUGUUUGUACUUGGAAAAUAUUGUAAAAUGUUAUGUAUUUGGAAUAUAUUUUGUGGUCUGUCUAAUAUUUAUAAAUAGAACUCUGGGAAAGAUUCAAAAUGAGUUGAUUUCAUUGAAAUACUAAAGAUAUGGGGCCAUGUUACCUGUGAUUGGAGCCUUAUCUUUGUAUAGUGAAAUUUGCAUUUCUGUGUCAACAUCCAGAUUGUUUUAUAUGUUAAUAUGGUGGCAGGAAUCCCUAAUAAAAGUACU